AUGGAGUUGACUGCGUCCAGCUUCGUCUCAUUGUUGGUCUACAUCUUGACCUUCUUGCUUGGACUUCCCGGCAACCUCCUCGUUCUUUUCGUGUACAUCCGUAAAGCUCGAAAACACGGUGCAACCCCCAACGUAGUCUACGCUCUUAACCUGUGCGUGGCAAACCUGGCUCUAGUGUUGUGGAUGCCAGUCAAAGUGGCCGAGACGGUGCUCCAAGGUUGGGCACUUCCAGCUGCGGUUUGUCCAGUUUACAGCUUCUUUCUGUUCUCUUUCGUCUAUGGUAGCAGUUUGAUCCUCACAGCAGUCGUCGUGGGACGUUAUCUGAGUAUCGCCUAUCCCAUAACUUACAAACUCUACCGUCGGGCGCGUACCUCUUGCCUGGUGAGCGCCAUCUUGUGGCUUUUAGUGCUUGUACACUUGGGUAUUGCUUUUAUUGUCGAAGGAGGGGGCCAUUUUGUGUCUUUAUCAGAGGAGAAUGUCUCCGCAUGCUAUGAAAACUUCACCCAAGAACAGUUGGAAGUGCUGGUGCCGUUACGGCUGGAGAUGGCGCUGCUGCUCUUCCUGGUGCCGCUUGUUUUAUCAGCAUUCUGCACACUGCGCUGCUUAGUGCUUGUCAGACACUCUGCUUUGCCCUCUGAUGGGAAAAGAAGGGUGUUAGCCAUUGCACUUUCCACUUUAGUAGUAUUUGUGGUCUGUUAUGGACCCUACAAUGUUUCCCAUGUGGUGGGCUUUGUCUUGCACACUAAUGUGGAGUGA